GGACUUCCUGGUACGGGACCAUGGACAUUUUCUGCUCCGCUCUGGCCGGGGGAAUGCCCGCAGCGACGUGAUCGAGGAGGGACCCGUCGAGUUGAGAGCAAGGUCAUGAGUGCCUCUAGGAAAGACCCAGUGGAGAAUAACCUCACCUGUCCAAAGCCCCGCCCCACCUGGGCCUCACCCUGCCCCCCACCCCUGGACUCCCACAAUGACGUCUGAUACCGAGCAGGAUGCGGCGGUGAAACUCGACCAGGAGCGGGCUGACAUAGUCGCCAAGUAUGACAAGGGAAAGGAGGCCACUGUGGAGCCCUGGGAGGACACCAACUUCCACCUGUACAAAGUCAUCGACCGCUUCGGCUUCGUCCAUGAGAAUGAACUUCCAUCCUACGACUCGGUGGAGGAGAAGCAAAAACACACGGAGGUGGAGAGGACCAGCAAAUGGCUGAAGAUGCUGAAGAGCUGGGACAAGUACAAGAACAGCGAGAAGCUGGUCAGGAGGAUCUACAAGGGCGUUCCCCUGCAGCUCCGGGGGGAGGUUUGGUGUCUGCUGCUCGAUAUCCCCAAAAUAAAGGAGGAGAAGAAAGACUUCUACGAGAAAUUAAAAUCCAGAGCCAGGGGACUCUCCCCUGACAUCCGGCAGAUUGACCUGGAUGUGAACCGGACCUACAGGGACCACAUCAUGUUCAUGCAUCGCUACGAUGUCAAGCAGCAGGCCCUGUUCCACGUCCUCACGGCCUACUCCAUGUACAACACGGAGGUGGGCUACUGCCAGGGCAUGAGUCAGAUCACAGCUCUGCUGCUGAUCUACAUGAACGAAGAAGACGCCUUCUGGGCUCUGGUCAAACUACUGUCUGGGCAGAAGCACGCCAUGCACGGGUUUUUUGUCCCCGGCUUCCCGAAGCUGAUGCGUUUCCAGGAGCACCACGAUCGUAUCCUCAAGAAGAUGAUGCCCAAACUGAAACAGCACCUGGACAACCAGGAGGUGUUUACCAGUCUCUACACCAUGAAGUGGUUCUUCCAGUGCUUCCUGGACAGAACUCCCUUCACACUCACCCUCAGGAUCUGGGACAUCUACAUCUUAGAGGGUGAACGAGUGCUUCCUGCCAUGUCCUACACCCUCCUCAAACUGCACAAGAAGCACCUGAUGAAGCUGUCCAUGGAGGAGUUGGUGGAGUUUCUGCAGGUGACUUUGUCCAAAGAUUUCUUCUUCGAGGACGACUUUGUGGUUGAGCAGCUACAGGCGUCCAUGACGGAGCUCAGGAGGGCGAAGCUGGAGCUGCCUGCACCAGGUAAAGAGGAAGAGUUUCCCAAGAAGCCCCUAGGGCAGCUUCCUCCUGAGCUGGCACCAGCAGUGAUGAACCAUGUGGGCAACGGUCAGAGCCACGCCGAGCCAGCCGAGCCUCCCGGGGACGCGAGUCCCGUACCAGACCGUCAGCGGGAGAGUCGGCCCCCCAGCCGGUCGCGCCGGGACUCGCUGGAUAAACCGAUCCGCCAACACAAGGCUGACAAAAGGGAUGCCCGUUCCAGGGGAUCAGGGGAGAUCCCCAAUGAGCAGCAAAAGCAGUCCACUUGCACCACACCUGAGAGGGGGGCAGCACCUCCCUCAGCGCUCACCCCUACACCACAGCUCACCACAGUGGAUAGAGGGAAGCCUCAGAGCCACGCCACCGCCAACCACAACUCCAACGCGGCCUCCAGCUCUCACAAAGACAUCACUCCCCGCUGGUUCAAACCCUCCGAGAUGAAGCUGGAAGCAGUCAAAGCGGCAGCCCGGGACAUCCAGCUGAGCAGAGGGGCAUCGCCAACCCCUUCCAGCCCAGAUGACGCUGCUCUUCCACAUCGCCGACCACGAUCCAAGGGCUUCAUCCCUGGCUCCAACAGAGGUUCCAACGCCUCCCAGUAUGACAACGUACCAGGGCUGCCGGAGCAGGAUUUCGAGAUCUUGGAGCUUGAGAGACCUCCGUCCAGAAUUAGGACCCCCCGUAGUGAGACACCCUUCAGUGUAUCGUCCCUCCAUCAGGGCAGCCCCAGCCGGGGACCCAGCCAUGCAGAGAGUGUUGUCUCCGUCGCAUCAGGGCCCAGGAUGACCAAACACCCUCUUCCUCCUCCAUUUUCCCACAACAAUCCACCAGGGGUCCAGGCAAGCUACCCUGGCAGCCAGAGCCAGUACCCUACCCCACCCAAGCAGCCAUCCCCAGGCAGAACUACUACAGAAGUCCCCAUCUUCCAUCCCGCCUACAGCAUGAACCUUGACCACAGAGGAGAGGAGAGGCUCUAUGCACCACCUUCCCGGUUUCCCCCCCCCUCCAGUGUGGCAUACGGGGAACGAGCGUACGCCACCACCCAGCGGCAGCCCAACAGCCUCUCCCCGGAGAAGGCUCUUAUGAACAACUCCUUUGCUACCUACCGCAGACAGCCGCCACCUAGCUCCACUCACAACCCCCGGAGCCCCAGGCCUCCUCCGGAGCAUUCCCUGCAGCCAGAAACCCAGGGGCGCGCCACCCCUAUCUACCUGCAACAGCUCACCUCCACCGCGCAGGUGUUCACUCAAGUGGACUACAGGUUUGAGGGGCAUCAGAGAAGAGAGGUGAACCCGCACUAUCUGCCAGAAGGUGGGCCUCAGCGGGCUGUGGAUGGGCUCGUGCGGGCGCCAGGGGAUGAGCUGCCCCCUCAGUCCCCAGGUGGAAUGCCCCGUUCACCCAGCUUCCAGCAAGCCCAAAUGUCUCCCGUUCAGGAGUUCACUUUUCCCGCCAACCCGGGGGGCCUGCUUCACUACAGGACACAGUUCCAGGGGCAGCAGCCCGUCAUAAGGCAAAAGCUCCCCCAGCUGUUUGGAGGGCAACACUACAGGCACGCACAGGAGGCGUUUGCCAUGCAGGAGUCAAUGCUGCUGUAACUGAACGAUAAGGAAUUGGAGAGACACUGUAAAAAAAAAACUAAAAAAAACUGAGGUGUAGUCACUGACACUGUGGUAAAGACGAGCAGUAGUCCUAGCUUUGUUAGGGACCCGGGUCGGUUUCUGCUCCGUUGUUCUUUAUGUGUGAAGUACUGACCUUCUGACUGUCAUGCUGCAUCGUAGCGUUGCAGGACACACCAGCCUCUGACGUUUUUACUGAUCACUUUAAAAAGAGGAAAGAAAAAAAAAACUGACUGAAGAUUUAAUUUUAUUUUUGGAUGUAAAUCUUUAACGAGAGGUGGCAGCAUAUAUCUUUUAGAGUCUGAUAUGUACAGUGGAUUUUUUUUUCUUUGUGUUAAUAUGCUGAAUUGUUAUCAGUAGCAGGGGAACAUUCUCCUGUGAGAGCAAAAUUCUGAUUUAUUUUCCAUCUUUAUUUUUGUAUAUGUUACUUACAGAUAUUUACAUUAGAGAUCAAUUUACUCUAUAUGCUUGAAUGUUAUUUUUCAGAGAGAAUAAGUAAAACUGUGUCCAAUGAUACAAUUAGAAAGCAGUUCUAAACUGGUCACUAAGUUUUUGAUUUCCAUUUCAAUCUUGAAAUGCCUCCAAUGUAGAAAGAGCAGGGUUUGUUGUUUAUUUUUUAGUUUUGCCUUUUUAGUUUCAGUGAUAAUUUUCCUUCCCAAUUAAACUGAUGUGCAAUGCAUUUCUCUUCCACAUCUCAAGUACAGUACAUUGGGUAUUUAUACAUAUUUGAGGCCAGUGAAGUCUUUGGUUAAAUGUCAACCCUGAUUAGAGAUUCAAGAAAUAGAGCUAAUGUGUAGUAAGAUAAACACACGCGCACACACACACACACGUGUUUGAUGGCUUUAAGUCAUCCCAUUUACGAUGUUACGUUGUUUUUUGUUUUGUUUGUUGUUUGAAAUUGCUGUACUGUAACUACCGGAUCUUGAGCACAUGCACCAGGAGAGGGAUGUGAGCUGGUUUCUGGACAAUUUGCUUUACUUUAUUAUGUCUAAUUAUUUUCAACACUGUCAUAUCAACUACUGUUCAGCUGCUGGCACUAACACUGGCAUACAGAGUCAUCUGGCACACACACAACACACACACACAAAUGCUCAUUAUACAUGUCACAAAUGUGAGUCACACAUUUUAACAUUUAAUUAGACACAUUCCCUAUUAGUAUUCCUCAUACUCUAGUUUUGAUGCAGUAACUCUCAAACAGUACUGUUGUACUGUUCAUUACAUUCCCUAAGUUAUCUUUGUUUUUUGUUAAACGACUAAUUGCAGCCCAUUCUGAUACU